AUGGCUACUGAGACUGCUUCAAAGAAACUAAAGACCUCGGGGCCGCUCAUCGGUACUCACAAUGGGCACUUUCAUGCCGACGAAGCUCUCGCCGUGUACCUCCUCCGUCUACUGCCCGAAUACGAUGCCUCUCCUCUGGUGCGCACACGAGACCCAGCGCGCCUGAGCGAAUGCCACACGGUCGUUGACGUGGGCGGCGAAUACGAACCGGCAAACAACCGCUACGACCACCACCAGCGGACGUUUGCUACGACGUUCCCCAACCACAACACCAAGUUGUCGUCUGCUGGCCUAGUGUAUAUGCACUUUGGCCGAGCCAUCAUCGCGCAGCACACCUCCCUGCCGCUGGACCACCCGGACGUGGAUCUGCUGUACGAAAAGCUCUACUCGGAUUUCGUCGAAGCGCUGGACGCGCAUGACAACGGCAUCAGUGUCUACGAACAGACUGCUCUGAACAACUCUGGCCUCGAAAAGCGAUUCAAGAAUGGCGGCGUCAACCUGGGCUCUCUGGUGGGAGAUCUGAACCACGCCGACCCCACCAGCAGUGAGCCGCAGGACGAAGAUAGCUUGUUUGGCCGCGCCAGCACGUUUAUCGGCGACGCAUUCCUGCGCAAACUCCGGAUUGCGGCGGCUUCAUGGCUGCCUGCACGUGCGACUGUCGAAUCUGCCUACCAGAGCCGCCAGACUGUGCAUCCGUCUGGCCGUAUCAUUGUGCUUCCCCAGGGCGGAGUGCCGUGGAAGGAGCAUCUAUACAACUUCGAGCAGGCAGCUGACGGUACGACUCCAGAAAGCAAUCAGGUGUACUAUGUGCUCUACCCAGAGAACGGCGCCCCCGACGCGAAAUGGCGUGUGCAGUGUGUGUCCGAGAACGAAAGUAGUUUCGUCUCGCGGAAGCCAUUGCCAGAGGCAUGGAGGGGAGUGCGCGAUCAGGAUCUUGACGGCGUUCUGGCAGCUGAUGCAGAAAAGGCUGGCAAGGACAAGAUCCCCCCCGGCGCGAUUUUCACGCAUGCCAGCGGAUUUAUCGGUGGACACCAGACCAGGGAGGGGGCGUUGGCCAUGGCGGUUCGCAGCUUGGAUAAUUAA